AUGAAAACCAAACAAGUAUCAAACGGUAUUACGGAAGAAAACGAAUCCAUCGAGACUAUACUCGAUAAAACAAUAUAUCUAUUUCACGAGCUAUACGAUUCUGGUAGAACAAAGUCAUGUCAAAUUGCUGGGCUAUUAAGAGCGUACAUUGAUGAAAAUGUGACGGAUCCUAUAGGAUUUUUAAACACCAUUAUGGAAAAUCCUCAAUAUAUUACACUUUUGGGGUAUUUUUAUUACUUUGGAAUCAAAAUCAACAAAAAUUACCAGCUUGCGAUUCAAUGUUUUACCAAAGCAGCAGGACUUAAUGAUUCGUACGCACAAUAUCUCCUUGGCAUGUGUUACGAUACUGGGAUUGGGACAAUAAAAAACAAAGAAAAGUCUUUUUAUUGGUAUCUUCAAUCAGCAAACAAUAACAAUUUAUUUGGGCAAUACGCGUUAGCUGAUUGUUAUUUCUACGCCGAUGGUUGCGUUGAAGACAAACGUAAAGCUUUCAUCUGGACUAAAAAAUCUGCAGAAGGUGGACAUGCAGAAGCUCAGGCUGCGCUUAUUUUAGCUUAUGAAGACGGCCUAAAUAAAGAUAAGCACAAGGCGUUUGCUUGGUAUAAAAAAUAUGUGACGAGUGGAAACGAUAAUUAUUCAUCUUUAUUUAGAGAAAUGUUCAAAGCAGAAUAA